GGCCCUGUGGGCGGAGGGAGGCCCCGGCCCCGGCCCCGGCCCCGCGGGGACCAUGCUGUCCCGGAAAAAAACCAAAAACGAGGUGUCCAAGCCGGCGGAGGUGCAGGGAAAAUACGUGAAGAAGGAGACGUCGCCGCUGCUGCGGAACCUUAUGCCUUCUUUCAUCCGACACGGUCCGACCAUCCCCAGGCGAACUGAUAUCUGUCUUCCCGAUUCAAGCCCUAAUGCCUUUUCCGCUCCCGGGGAUGGAGUUGUUUCCAGAAACCCGAGUUUCCUCAGAACGCUAAUUCCGAGGCCACCUCACGAGGUCAUGAGGAGAGAGAGCAACCGGCUGUCCGCACCUUCCUAUCUUGCCAGAAGCUUGGCUGACGUCCCUCGCGAGUAUGGCUCCUCAUCUCAGUCCUUCUUGACCGAGGCCGGUGCUGCCGAAAACGGAGACGCUGGGUCCCGCUAUUACUACCCGGAGAGUUUUUAUGACGGCCAGAGGAGGAGAGCGCUGGGAGACCGCCUGCACGAGGACUUCCGUUACUAUGAGCACAGUAAUGAUCUCUUCCAAAGAAUGCCGCAGAGCCAGACCAGGCAUCCUUCAGGCAUCGGACGGGUCGCUGCUACAUCGUUAGGAAAUUUAACGAACCACAGCUCAGAAGAUUUACCUCUGCCUCCUGGCUGGUCAGUGGACUGGACGAUCAGAGGAAGGAAGUACUACAUCGACCAUAACACCAAUACCACCCACUGGAGCCACCCUCUUGAGCGAGAGGGCCUGCCUCCCGGCUGGGAGCGUGUCGAAUCGUCAGAAUUUGGGGUGUACUACGUCGACCACAUAAAUAAGACGGCGCAGUACAAGCACCCGUGUGCUCCCAGCGUCCCCCGUUACGACCAACCUCCUCCAGUUACGUAUCAACCCCAGCAGGCCGACAGGAGCCAGGUCUUCCUCGUUCCCGCAAAUCCCUAUCACACUGCCGAGAUUCCCGACUGGCUCCAGGUCUACGCCAGGGCUCCUGUCAAAUACGACCACAUUCUGAAGUGGGAGCUCUUCCAGCUGGCCGACCUGGACACCUACCAGGGAAUGCUGAAGCUGCUCUUCAAGAAGGAACUGGAGCGCAUCGUCAAGCUGUACGAAGCCUACAGGCAGGCCCUCCUCUCCGAACUCGAAAACCGCAAGCAGCGGCAGCAGUGGUAUGCCCAGCAACACGGCAAGAAUUUCUAAGCUCACUUUUUCAAAUGGAAUUUUGUCAGGGUUUUGGGUUUUUUUAAACAGCUUUAAAAUGUUUUCACUUUGAAACCAUGAACACAAGUACUUGGUUUAAGGAAGGCAGCUUACCUUUUGCCGAUAUUGCACCUGUGCGGUGGGAAACACCAUUGAAACUGUUUUACAUGUACCCUGUUUUUAGAGAGAGAAUUGCCUCUUGGAAGAUUGUUCAUUCUUCUGAGAAGCAGUGUCCGAGAACACUAAAUAGCCCUUCCGCACCCAGGUGGAACGAAGAUGUUGGCUUGUACUCGUGAUCGAGACAAACGGUGUUUUGUUUCCCCAGGCGGGGAGGCUGCAGCCCCAGAGAGAUCAAGCCAGCUCCCUGUGAGUCGUCUUCAUAAAGCAAGAUGUUUACAGCUUUAAGCUCUAGCGUAUUUACACGAUGCGGACACUUCUUAUACUGUUUUUGAAAUGAUACAAACUCGGAAGAAAUGAAAUUUGGUUACAUCGCUCUAACGAGCAAAGUUAGAGUUGCGUUUUUGUUUUUUUUUACCUCUAAAGCUGCAAAGAGCUGGUGGAUCCAGUGGGUUUCUGCCAACUGCUGUGCAGAUGGUGGGGUAGAGCCUGGGGCAGCCCCCCCGCCAGGCAGGGGCCCAGGUGCCUGGAGGAGAUACCCUUCUGCCCUCCCAGAUCACUCUAACUGUGCCUAGGCAAGGGAGGAGGCAGAGAAAGACACGCCAGCUUUUUUCCUCAGCAGGUUAAAAUCCACCGCCGUUAGGACAAUCAGGGAGUCAGCCAGGAAUCAUGUUUGCUAAGUUGCUUUACGGAUCAGUUUUUCUAUCCUGUAAAAAAAGCCGUUCUUCACCAGUGGACGCGGAACCGUGUUUAACGCACCCCAGCCCGCCCCAGACCUAUUCCGUGGAACAACCGUAAGUCCUGAGAAUUCGGUAAAUUUCAACUUUCCGUUCCAAUGAGUGGGUAUCUCUCGGCAGUUACGUUUGUAUUUCCUCUACGUUUUUAGAUUACCACAAGCAGACACCUAUGGUGUGAUAUUACAAUGUUACCGCUCACAUGGUCGUUUGAUAACAAGCUUAUUAAAUAUAUUUUUAUGAAAGCUAAA